AUGACGGGCCGAAAGCACGUGGUUUUUGACGUCGUUGGCACUUGUGUUUCAUUCGAUGCAUUCUACGACACUAUCAAUCGAGUCAUUGGAGACAGGCUUACUGCAAACAAUAUCACUGCACCAUUCUUCGGUUUCAGCUGGAUGACAGCCGCAGAGCUCGAGUUCACGUUCUUGUCCGUCUCCGCACGGCACAAGCCCUACAAGCAGGUCCUUGAAUCUCUGUUCUAUCGCACUCUCCACAUGGCAGGCAUUGCCGCACCCCGGGAAAUUGCGACAGAGGCAGAAAGGAAUCAGUGUGUUCAGGGCUACCCCGAGUUGCAACUGAGACCAGGGACGGAAAAGUGCUUCGAUAUACUCAGAAAAGGAGGGUUUACUGUGUGGUGUCUCACCACGGGAGAUAUCGAACGUGUCCAAGGCUAUUUUGAACGUGGAUGUGUCGACAUGCCUUCAGACAACAUAAUUAGCUGCGACACACAUGGCUUGGCAAAGCCCGCACUGACAGCAUAUAAGCCUACGUUUGACCGUUUCGCACCCGAGGACGACAAAUGGUUUGCAGCCGGGCACAUGUGGGAUGUUACUGCUGCUACCAAGGCCGGGUUCAGAGGAGCCUAUUGUACUGUGUACGAAAAGGAGAGCUGUUCGGAGAUUUUUGACGAGAUGAUGGACGUGACGGCUGAAACGUUACCCGAGAUGGCGGAAAAAAUCGUGGCGGCCUCAAGAUAG